CACGCGUGUACUUGCCCGACACACGUAUUCUCUCUCUCUCCCCCUCUCUAUCCUGCUCCCUUCAGAACCAUUCCUCCUCCAUUCGAUCUCCAUUCUCGUCCGUAUUCCUUCCUCUCUUAUCUUUGCCAGGCUUUUCAAUUCUCCCCUGCUCGUACUCUCCGCUUUUUCGACAUUUUCCAUCCCUCUCUCGCGCCUUGGCUGCUUUUCUCUGCCUGGUAUUCCUCCCCUCCUCUCUCUCUCUUUCGCUUCCUCCGUCCCUCCCUCUAACCAGAGUCUGUCUCGCGCGCUCUCGAUACCGCUCUCCUCGUCGAGUUCGCGAAUCGAGGGACCGCGCCACGUUUCUCUCUCAGUCUCUCGCGCAAAGCGGUUUCGUGGCGACGUAUAGUUGCACGCGCGAUAGAUAGAUUGUGGUUGGUCCAGGUCUCUCCUACGUUUUGCCUCUUUCUCUUCCUCCUCGUGUUGUGCGUGUUGUGUCUCUUUUUUCUCUCCAUUCUUCUCUCUCUCUCUCUUUCUCUUCUACUCUCCUCCUUCUCGGUGGCGAGGAAGUUUUUUUCUCCUCUUCGCUUCUCGGGUUUCCCUUUCGAGUUUUUUAUUACAAACACAUACAAAUACACAUACAUUUCCCCUUCUUCCGCCGGAAGAUGAUGGCGGUAUCGGUGUGUCGUCUCGCGGGCGAGAGCAUGGAUCGUCACCGUGAAAAAAGGAACGCGGUGACGGUUGGUUCGGACUCGUGAAGAAGGAGAUCGGAGGCCCCUCGACGGAGAAAGAAAGAGUGUACUGCUAUUUUCGAGACGCCGUGGAGCCCGGCCAACGUGCGUGCGUGCGUGCGUGCCUGCGUUCGUUCGUUCGUUCGUUCGUUCGGUUCACGGUAGGAAAAAAAAAAAAGAAAGAAAACGAGAGGGAAUCGCGGGUGGAAGCAAUCUACGAUGGAUCCUGCGAAUUGUUGGGCAUCUCUUGCUCACGUACAUCUUCGAUCUCGAGAUUUGUUUUAUGCAGCGUGACAAGUAUAACUUCGAGGAAACUUCGGAAAAUUAAUCGUGAAUAUAUAUAUACGUGAAAGGAAAUAGAUUUCAACGACGAUGAUCGAAUAGUGAAUUGUGCAGGAUUUUUCGUGUAACGCAGUGAGAGUAAAGUUUGGUUUUGAUCAAGAGAGAAGAGAGAGAGAGAGAGAGAGAAAGAGAAAAAGAGAGGAAAAAAAGGAUGUCUCAAACGAAGAAAUAACCGUUGUCUUCGAGUAUUCACUUCGUCGCAAUGAUUCUUGCUCUUUGUCGAUUAAUCGUCAUGGAGAUUGGUCUCUGGAGAGUGUACGAUGUUGGAAGGUGGACGUGCAGUGAUUUGGCUCCUUGUAUCAGCCCCACGAGCUGCACGCCACCCGAAAGAUUCACGUACUAACCCAGUUGCACCUGUUUGAACCCACCAGUUGCAGAGUCUGCACCGUAACCCCAUGACGCAUUUAACACAUGGCCCGCCUGGAGAUACCAAGUAUAGUGGUGCAUAAAGGCAGCAGGUCGCACAGCCGACCUGACAGUCCCACGGUGGUGGUGCGAGGAGGUAUGCCCACACUGCCGUCCUCCAGGCAAGGCUUCGUCGCGAGUGGCUCGAACGCGUCGUAUCAGAACAGCACGGAGCCGGAUAUGUUGGACGGGAAUGCCAAUCCGAAUGUCGGCUCCUCUCCCGCAUCGAAUUCGCACCAUCGUGGCGGCACACCCUCCUGCCCCCCCGACAACAAAUCGGACACAGAGAACAAAAACUUUCGCAACAGGACGAGUACGAAAGUGAAGUUGCUGGUGAGGAGUCAUGCUAUGAGAGAGUCGACGUCUCCCCCGAGGGAGGCGCACAACAACGGUUCAUCAUCGUCCCCGCACAGCCCGCAAUCGGUCGACGGCGAGAAGAAGUUCGUUGGAAACCUGUCUCCCAAUUCCGCUAACGCGAAGCUCAAUAACAACGAGCCGAUGUUCAACAGCAAUCUUUGCCCGAAUCAGUCCCCGAAGCAAAUGCGUAACACAGCCACCUCACCCACCUACCGAACUCCGUCACGAAAUGGUCAAUCUAGUCCCUCUCAAGUUCACUCGCCAAAGAAUAAUCAAACGUCGCCGACGAAUGGUGGGGGGAAGUCGGCGGAGAGCCAGCGGAGUUCCAAGAUGACGGGGACGCCACACGCGAUCCAGAAAUGCAAUAACUGCGCGAAGAACAAUCAAAACGAUCGUCCAGGUUUACUUCAAACGCCCGUGUCCCCGACGAAGUCCGGCCAACCGCUCCAGCACUCGCCCAAGAGCACGAACCUGGCGCAGAACAGCAAUCAUCAGCACUGCAAGUCGGAGCAGCGUAGACCGAGCACGUUGAACGUUUGCAACAGCCAAUGCUCGUCGACCCAGUGCGGCAAUACCCUGUCCGUGAACAGCAGGCCUGGCUCGCGGCACAAGUUGAGACAUCAGAAUUCUUCCCAGGGUAGUUUCGACAGCGCCUCCCCUUGCCUCUCGCGAGAUAGUAGUACGGAAUUGUACACGGACAGUACAGGGAUAGAUCUGGAACAUUUCAUCGCCGAGACCAUAAAUCGUAAUCAGAAGGAUCGAACGGUGCUGUUGAAAAUCGAGAAAGAUCUGAUAGAGUUCGCGAGGGACAAGCAGAAAGUCUGUCACAAGUUUCCGAACAUGUCCUCGUACAACAGGAUGUUGGUGCAUCGCGUGGCCGCUUACUUCGGUAUGGAGCACAACGUGGACCAAUCCGGUUCGAGCGUGAUAGUGACGAGGACGAAAAACAUGCGAAUACCGAACACCCGUUUCAAGGAGCACAUAAGGGACGAUUUGAUAUUAUCCGAGGAGCCGAGGAGAAGCAUAUUGAAGAGGGACUCGAACUCGUUCGAGGACAGUUUCAACUUCAAAUCGCCGGAUAGAUUGUCGGGCGAUUAUUGCCGGCAGAACAAGAGUUUCGAGGAGAGGGAGGAGGAGUACGAGCGCGCAAGGCGAAGGAUAUUUAAGGAUAGCAGCGGGGAGAGCGGCGAGGUUACAUCCUGGCCUUACUGGUCCUCCUCGGAAAGCUCCGACGCCUCUGCGAGGUAUCGUUUGUUACAUCCGUCGGAUCACACGAUCAUGAGGCAAACGAAGCUCUUGAAAGGAGAAUCUUUAGAUGGAAGGGAAUCCUGUCGGGGUUCGGUACUGAGACCAUCCGUUUCCAAGUCCUUUAGCUUCGGUGGUUAUACCAGGGGAAUGCUUUCUAGAGGGGACAGUGUUACAUCUACUCAUAGUGCAGGAGCUCGCCUUAUGAAGCAAGACUCAGGUGCUAGUAUGUGUUCACGGCUUAGCCCUUCGAGUAGCGGUUAUAAAUCGCAAAGCCAGCGCAGCGAUGCCACGAUAUCACCGUCUCCAUCGCCAUCCCCCGUGGCAACGAUGACCUGCAGUCAUACCCAAGUAUCUAGUCAGGAUCUCGCCUCCCCGGAAUCGAAUAAUCAGACGGUAAUGUGGGCGGUUACCAGUAUAUCGAGCGUGCCGCCGGGUAGCAUAAUUAUUAAUCCGCAAACGAAUCAACCGUACACGAAUCCGGAUGGUUCGAUUUAUCGCUUCGAUCCAGAGAAUCCACCUAAAUUUUAUACAGCUUCGUUGUCUCACGAGAACGAGAGAAACGAUAACGUGUCGCCCGCGAAAAUUAUAGAAACAUCCGAGCCAUCCAAAAUAACGGGUAAAAAUGAGAAUAGAAAGAGAUCGCAAUCCAACAAGCACAACGGUGGCAACAAUGCAACGACAGUGACCCACGUGACGAACUCGGCAACGUCGCCGAGUUUGCCGUUCACCCCACCACCUCGAGAUAAUCCAGGACCAUUGCGACAGCAACAGCAACAGCCGCAGCAGCAACAAACUCUAGUCAAAUCGUCGUCGACGGUGCAAACUUGUAAUCACAACCAAGCAGCUCAAACAUACGCGACCUACGUACCUACCUCAGAACCGUUCAACCAGAGUGUCUAUCCACCACCCCAUGUGGGACAACAGACUGUGAUGAUGGCCCCCCAUCCGAGUCAGAGUCAGGCGAAUGUUCAAAACAAUGGCCAGAGCGAUGUGUUUAACCAGAAUUCGGUUUACGCGAAUUAUGCAGCAGUACCUGUGCAGCAAGGACCAGUAUCGCAGACAACGGAGAUAACCGAAUUGUCUGGAUAUUUUAUGGGCAUGAGCAUCUACGAUCAACGUGUAAGUGGUGAUAAUCAUUCUACGCCACCGCACUCUUACCCGCAACCGCAACCAUCUACUACGAAUCAAACGAAUCUGCAAAAUGUGCAGACGAUGCCGCAAAAUUAUUGGCAACCACCACCUAAUUCCGUACUGCCGCAACAAACAAUGUACUUCGUACCUCCGCCUGGUGCGGCACUUUCGGUUAGCCAAGGUCCAGGCGAUAGACAACAGUUGCACCAGCAACAAAGAUUUCCAACAAAUUAUUCUUUCAAUGCACAAACUAUGACUCCUCCGAGCCAAUCGAAUUCUAAUUACGUGGGUACUUAUCCAGUCCCUUACAACUCGAUGCCGGCUGUGACACCAGCACCAGGGGAUUACACGUAUCAGCCACCGGUUCACAUGGUCCCUACGUACUAUCCACCGAGUCAAACGACGAUUCAACCACCACCUGUCAUGUACAGAGUACCGACACCACCAAAUACUCCAACUUCUAAUCAGAUGCCUGGGGUGCCAUUGAUGUAUGUCAACUCCGGCAGCUAUCCACCACCAACGAUGGUAUCCAAUGGGACUUUUGGUCAUCAGGUCGGACACAAUGGCACAUCUCCAGCGCCUCCUGGAACUUAUAUGACUCCUGCGCUGGUUCCCAAUCUCGUGUUUAGGCAAAAUGUUCCCGUCGUUGCUGGUGUUCGAGCUUCAACGCCAGGUAAUUCUCAGAAAACGAGCAGGUCGCCGACUCCAGCACACGAGUUGUUCGGAAGUGGGAGCGGGGACAGAAGCGCACAACCCCAACCACGCUACCCACUGCCAAUGUAUCAGGGUGUCCAUAUUGUCCAAGGUAUAAUAUAUAUACGUUUUAGAGGAGCAUUUUUAUCGAUCUACGGAUUUUUGGAUUUUUCAUAUAAUCUCUUUACAGGAGAUAUGAGAUUGAUGCAUCCCGCAGUGCCAGCUAAUCCGCGAUUGCAGUAUGCGCCAGUACCAUCACCACCUGUUGUUCAAGGUUGUCCACGACCGUAUCGACCACCUUCUUAUUCGUCGAACACCUCAGGCGCUGGUACACCCACAUCGUUCGAUGGGAGAAAUCAGAAAAUUCGUAAACAGAGGUCCAAAGUAACACCGUUGCCACUAACAGGCGCGCGGCCCAAUCUUUAUCAGACUCCUUCCAUGCCGUCGCUCUCGUCUAACGUUCCGAAAGAUAUCAGAGAAGGGACCGUGAAGGUGACAAUCACCCGUCGAAACCAACUGGUACAAUAUUAAAUACUACUGGGCCAAUAUUGAAUGGAGGAUCAGCAGAACGAAGGAUGUAAAAGAAAAGACAAUUGAAUCUUUGAAACAUGCCGAUUGAAAAGAACCGAAUGAAGCAGCUCGUGGUUAUACCGCUAUACAUACACGAUUCUUAUUAUUAAAUAUUAAUAAUACUUUUGAUUAAAUAUCUAAGGAAAAAAAGAGAGAUAUAAAAAGCAUACACUUAAUAGGAAAUUCAAAUCUUGUUACAAAUCGGGAAAGGAAUAAAUAAGAAAGAGAAGUGUAAUUAUAAAAAAUGUAAAAACGAAUUAUAUAUCCCUUUUGAUAAAACCUGGAGAGUGAUGAAAAUAACGGGAAAGCAGAAAAAAAAAAAAAAAGAAAAAAAGAAAAAGAAAAAACCAUAUUGAAUUCAUUCGUAUUAACUUAUAGUAAUAAAAUCUGAUUAUUAUCAGAAACUUUCAAACAAAAAAAAAAAACAACAGAGAGGGGAAGACAUCGGAGGAAAAUGUAUUGCGUGUACAAAAAGAAGGAUAAUAUGUGCGUUGUUUUUUUUUUUUUUUUUUCUUUUUUUUUUCUUUUUUCUUUUUUGGCGUAUAGGGGGCACGAUAGACACAGUGGUACACACCAAACAGAGUUACUGAACAGAAUUUUAACUAUUACAAUUAUUAUAUAUUAUAUAUACAGUAUAUUAUAUUAUAUCUGGAGAUAUUUUAAUCGCGGUUUUACAGAUACUAUAUGAAUGUGAGAUUUACUUUUAAGGAAAGGUACUUUUAAAGUGAACACAGAUAUAUACGCAUGGAUUUUCUGGACCGCUCUACAGAUCAGUCUCUCGACCGACCAGGGAAUCCUCAUUUAAAAUAACGAUAAAACUAAUAUACGAGUAUAAUAAUAAACACGUUACUGAGUACGUUUACAAUAGUACCGCAUGUCGCUGUCCAAUUAGAAUCUCUGGAUCGGUUCUACGUUCUAUCGGGAAUGAUCAUUGCUCACUGAUUCUUCUGUGUACUGCCACCAAAGAGUUGCGUUAAUCUUAAAGAAAUUAAAAAGUAUAUAAAAAAAAAAAAAAUAAAAAAUAAAAAAAAAAUAACCAAAAAAAGAAAAACAAAAAGAAAAGAAGAAGGAAGAACGAGAGAGAAAGAGAGAGAGAGAUAGAGAAAAUUGCUGCCAGUUGUGAUUCAUGGACAGAAUGAAAUUAUUUGCUACCUCAAUUUUAUAUAUCGAAAAGAUUUUUCACAUUUAUCGGCCUUUUACGGAUUUAUGAAUUAAGAAAGCUUUUAAUUCUAUUUCAUUCAAAACCAAUGAGGGUAUAUCGUCGAUAUAUAUAUAUAUAUAUAUAUAUAUAUAUAUAUUUCGCAAAGUGAUUUAUUGUAAAUAAGUAAUUGCUUGACGAAAAUAUUUUCAUAGGGGGAGAAAAAGAUUGGAAGAAUUUUUCCCCUCCUCUCUCCCCCUGGCAUAAUUCAUUGUCUCCCUGAUAUUUUUGCAUUCUUAAAAAGAAAAAUCCUUAACGCUUCUGAUCUCUGACGAUUACUUUAGUAACAAGUUAACAUUGUUGCUCGUGAAGAAGAAAAAAAAAAAAAAAAAAAAGAAAAGAAAAUGUAAACGUAUUCAGUACAUGGGUCUAUCUAUAUCUAUAGUUCGACACAAGUAGUUAAGUAGCGCGAAACCAUCACAGCUUAGUAUCAGGAGAAAAAAAGAAAAAAAAGGAAAAAAGAAGAAAAAAACAUGCGUCUCUUUAAAAAACGUUUUUUUUUUUUUUUUUUUUUUUUUUAUAUAUAUAUAUCUUCUUCCUUUUUUCUUCUUCUUUUCCGUUCUCUCAUUGUCCGUAAAUAGGGAAUUGUUGUGAACUUUUUAGCCGAUACGACAGGAAAACGCGCACGUUCACGACGAUUUAUUUCACGUAACAUGAUUUCCUUCUGGGAAAAAAAAUGAAACGGGACGCUUUACAUACACAUAUACACACAUACACACGUACACAUAUACACAAUAACUAUGAUUCGUCUUCCAAGCUUCACAGCACGCUUCUGGAUCCUAUCUAGAUAUCCGAGCUAUGCAAUUAUUAGAUAUACUUUUCAUGCCCAAAUUCUGCGAAGAAGCAAUAUAUGUAUCAGUUUGGCAGCGGUGAUGGUUGACGCGUGAUCGUCGUAAUUAAUAAUGUCUCCGUCUGUGAAAAAAAAAAUUCAUCUGUGGAUCAACGUACAUCGAUCCUCGCCUCGUUAUUUAUUUUGUAUCGAUCGAUCAAAAAAAAAAUGGAAAAAAAAAAAAAGAAAAAAGAAAAAAAAAAUGAGAUAAUUUAAUUUAUGCA